AGCAUGUUUUCAAACCUCGGAUGUUCUCUUCCGAGUAAUUCCUGUACAUGCAGUUCUAGGCUCGAUACAAUAGUGUAAUCUUCUCAAAAUUGCUGUUUACUUUAGACAAAGCGUGAAUAGUGUUAUUACCAGAACCAAGCAAUCUAAAACAUUUACGAGUGAUAAUUGGCGUGCAAAUCUGUUUCCUUAAGUUUGAAAGAUAUCAAGUUUUCAACAUUUAUUUACAGCUGUGUUCAUAAUUUUAAGAUUGAAGGCUGAGUAUAUUUCGUUUGUGCUAUUUGCGUUUCCAACAGCGCGCAGUCUAGAUAGGUGCACAGUUUAAAAUGCCGGCACAAUUAUCUGUUUUCUGAACGAUGGAUCUACGCUACUUUGCUAUAACAAACGAGAAACAUAUCGUUUGGUACCGGUCGUUCGCAAAACGUAGCUUUGAGGACGUAGUACUUAAAUAUCUGUUAUGUAAUCCUCCAGACCAAGAUAUAUACUAUAGCGAAGGCGAUUUCUCUGUUCACUGCCUGACUGUCUCAGGACUUUCUUUUAUCGCGGUAACCGAUCGAAAUGCUUCUCGACAGAAAUUUCGGAACUUGGUUGUGGAGGUUUCUCGCCAUUUUCUCAGUGAUGGUACAAGAUUUCAAAGGGCUAAAAGUGGUGGUAAAGAUUGUUUACAACAGUCUUAUAAUCUAACCUUGGAAGAUUUGAUGGAAUCACCCAACUCUUCUAAGGGAAAUGAUUCGUUGGACCAGUUACGUAAUAAUGUGAAUACUGUAACAGCUGUAAUGCAAGAGAAUACUAGACUAGCGCUUCAACGAGGUGAUCGGUUAAACAAUUUGGUCAGCAAAACAGAUGAACUUGCAGCCAGCGCUAAUCAAUUCCAAACAACAGCUACAAAGGUGGCCCGGAAAACUUGGUGGGAAAAUUUCCGUAUGAAAUUAAUUAUUGUUGGCGUUGUCGGUGGUAUACUUCUAGUAAUUGUGAUAAUUAUACUCUGGCAGACUGGGGUGUUCAAUAGCAAAUCGCAACACCAGUAAUAAUAGCAACAGUAAAUAAUUAACUUCAUAUUGUUUAUUACAUGGAACAGAAAAUGCAAAGAAACACCCAUAUUAAAAUUAGGUGAGAUAUUCGAUAAUGUGUUUUUUUACUGGAUCAAUUUAUACAACACUUAUUCCAUUCAAACGUCUUGUUAACAUUUCCAUUUUCUUUACUGCGACAUGUUUUCCUUUUCGUCCUUCGUGACAGAUAAAUUUUACAAAUGAUUGAUAUUACACAGUAUAUUGUAAUUUUUAUGCUAUACUAUAAAUAUACAUACUUGAAUCUUUUUUUGUAAUCGCUAUCCCUACUACUAAUCCUACAUUAACUACUGACUGAUGAAAUGUCUUUUUUAUAUAGGCGCAGAGAUUUAAUAAUAAUUAUAUAUAUAUAUAUAUAUAUAUA